AUGUUGGCUGGUGCUAUUGGUCAGAUUCCUCCAGCGAAUGCGGGUAACCGGAAUGGAGAUGAUGAUGAGUACCGUGCUUUCGGGAGAUUCCAGAGGAACAAUCCUCCUGUCUUUGAGGGUGAACAUGAACCUGAUAAAGCUCAAGCUUGGCUGAAGGCUAUUGAGAAGAUCUUCAGAAGGUUUGAAGAAGAUGGCAUUGAGGUUACUUGGGAUCUUUUCCGUGAUGUCUUCUUGGAGAACUACUUUCCAGAAGAUUGUCGUGGGAAGAAAGAGGUGGAGUUCCUUGAGUUGAAGCAAGGAAAUGGUACUGUUGCUGUUUAUGCUGCUAAUUUUCAAGAGCUUAUCAAGUAUUGUCCUCACUAUAAUACUGCUAAUGCUGAGAGAUCUAAAUGCUUGAAGUUUGGUCAUAAAGCUGCGGAGUGCAAGAAGGAGGUUACUACUUGUUUCAAGUGUGGCAAGUAUGGUCACAUAGCUACUAAUUGUAGAGGUGGUUCGAAUGUGACUUGUUUCAACUGUGGAGAGAAAGGCCAUGUUAGUACAAAAUGCAACAAGCCAAAGAAGGAGCAAGCAAAAGGAAAAGUGUUCGCAUUGUCUGGUGUGGGAGCCACUACUGAUGAGAGACUAAUCCAAGCGACCUUAGAUGUGCGCGAGAAGAGAACCAUUGAAGAUUUGCCUAUAGUUUGGGAAUUUGCGGAGGAUGUCCGCUUCAGAGCUGAGAGAGUUGAAGAGUCAACUAGACGAAUUGCUUGGGAAGAGAUUUAUUCAUCCUAG